AACCCUAGCAACCGGCGUAAACAGUGGUUGUUGACGUGGACUGUAUAGCGGGUGUAGUCUAAUCGAUUUUCAAAGCGAUUUUUAUUUACCACAAUCAUUGGAUGUGUUGUUGUUGCUAUUGUUGUUAUUGUCUCAUAUCAACGUGAGCUCGUUGUGUGCGGGGUGACGCAAGUUGCCAUGCCCGGCGGUCGCGGGACAUCGAUCCCCAGUGGUGUGAAGCCGUUGAAUUGCUACCAGCUUUCGGGUGCAGUGUCUCAUCAGCUGCCUCCAAAAGACUUCAUCGAGCCACCGGUGGGCUCCGCUCAGCUGUCCGUGUGGCCAGCGGGCCCUCUGGCCGUUUCCCCCCAGGCACCGGGCCUCUCUGAGUGUUCCCGGGGCCUCCGCAGGCCUCAAGGGACCCCCUACCCGCCGGCCUCACGCCCCACUGCAAAGCCACGCUUCCUGCAGCAGUUGGAGGCCGGCCUCAGGCAGGAGCUGGGAACACUCAGAUCAUUGAACCCAGACUCACAGAACCUGGAUUUGGCUGCACAGGAGGUUAGACUCCAGGCUUUUCGAGAGGCGUUCAAUUGCAUCAUCGAAAACUUCACAACCUACAAGCCACUGCUGGCAGCGAUCAAGUGCGAAUACGAAGCCACGUUAGGCCAACUGCGGGGCCGCGUGGCCCAGCUGGAGCCGCUGCGGGGGCUGCUCGUGGCGGAGAGCGAGCGGCGGGCGACUGAGGGGGUGGACGCGCACCGGGAGGAGAGCGAUGCGGCCGCACGGCUACGCCGGGACAACCGCGAGUUGUCGCUACGCCUCCAGGAGGAGAGCGGGCGCACGGACGCGGCACGGCUGCAGGUGGAGCAUCUGAAGGAGGAGCUGUCGGUUGAGUACCGGCGAAGGCGCGACGAGUCCGACGCUCGGCGACUCCUCAACAACGAGAUCCUGGAGCUGAGGGCGCUGCAGGAGAAUGCGCAGCGCCUGCAGGCACACGAGGACGAUUGGGCCGACCCCGUGGCCCUGCGUCUGGCCCUGCGCGUGGCCCGCCAGGACCUGUCGCGCGUGCAGGACGAGCUGACGUGCACGAGGGCCGACUACGCCGACGUGGUGCCGCGCCGCGACCACGAGGCCCUGGCGGCCAGCCACGCCGCGCUGGCCCGCCACGCGGAGCUCCACGGCAGGGACCUGCUGCUGCUCCAGCAGGAGCACGGCUCCCUGCUGGAGCUCCACGAGCAGCUCCUGCAGCAGAGGGACGGGCUGAGCGCGGAGGUGGAGGAGCUGCGGCGGAGCUCCACGCCCAGGCCUCCGUGGGAGGAGUGCGGGGCGGUGAUUGAGGGUGGAGUGGACAGGUGGACUCACCUAUGCGAGGGUAGGAGCAGCGGGGAGAUCAUGAAGCUGCUGCUCGCGGAGGUGAUGGGAGUCUCCAACCCGGGCUUCACCGAGGAGAACGCUGACCAAGAGGGUGGUGCAGCCGACGGGGCCUGGAGCUUGGAGGAGCUGUGCGCCGUCGUGCAAGACGUGUGGAGGGAGAAGCGGACGGCCGAUGGCUCGGCCGGUGUUCGCUCGGAGCUGUCGCACUUCCUGGUGGACUUUGGGGAGACGCGGGCGGCAGCGGGCGGCGAGGGGUCGUCGGCGCGUGGCCGCGGGGCCGAGUGGGCGCGCGGCGUGCGGGCCGCGUGCCGCGCUCACCGCGACCGCGCCGGCGCCGUCCGCCUCUUCCUCUCCAUCCUCGACGGAGAGCUGGAUGAGUCUUUGUACCACGGGCAGAUACAGAUUCUCUCCCAGCUCGAGCGGACCCUGUCAAUGGUUGACUCAUCGGCAGCCGGCGUUCUGUCUGCGCAGCAAUUCACGGAUGCCCUCCACCGUGCCUUCCCUCUCAAGGAGGAGGGCCUCAUCGCGGAGCUCCACCAGGGGGCCUGUGCUCAGCUGGGCUUGGACAGCAUCGACGCCUCCAUCCCUUAUCGGGCCCUCUUCACUGAGGGAGAGUCGCUCAGCUCGCAGGAGUUCAUGCAGACGCUGCACAGGCAGAUGCACGAGGAGAAGCUGCUCUACCUGCAGGAGGUGGAGGAGGCAGUGGGAGACACGGGGGAGGUGUCGGUGUCGUCUCUCCGCGCCGCCUUCCUGCGCGUCGACCCCUGCCUGGACCAGCCGGACAUCGACGCGUACCUGGCGCGGGCCUUCCACUCGGACCCAGACCGCCUGGAGAGGGCUCCCCCUUGCGAUUGGGCCACGGUGGCGGGUUGCCUGAAGGCCGCUCACGUGAAGAGGGCCGGGCCCCCACCCUCAUGAGUAUGAGUUGGCAAGCGCACAACACACCAACGCAACAAAGAUAAAGAUCCCGCCCGUGUAGUCUUCGCAGGCUGUUGCGCCAAGUGCCAUUAACGAGGCCGGCACGGCACACGAGGUGGUGGGUGGUCAGCACCACACCCGGCCGCCUUUGUCUCCCCACCGCUGAUGUUUACACACUUACCAUGUGCUCAUUUAAGGCCGAGUUGAUCUACAGAAGGCCCAGGACAGGUUUAAGGACCGCUUUGCUACCUCUUUCCACUGCACAACCGAGCCGUGCCAAGGCCGUGCCGAGUCUAUGGGUUUCGAUUUAAAGCUUUCGUGACUGCAGGGAUUCAUCUUCUUGGUUCUUUCGGUAAAGUCACGUAGAAGGGAAAUAAUAAAUAA